AUGAACCGAGGCCACGUCGGGGGCCCCCACGGCAACUUGGGGGCCCCACAGGGGCCCCUUCCUUUUAGCGGCAUGGCGCUGCCGAAUAUGCCCCUGCCCAUUCCUGUAGGGUUGCUUAACGGGGGAGUGCCUUACCAACAGCAGCACCAGCCUUACAAGCGACAGCAGACCAAGCAGCAUUAUCGGCAGCAGCACGUUCUAGGAGCUGCUGCUUCCGGUUUUGUGGCGGGGAGCUUUCCAGUGUGUGCCUGGGACACAAACGGCCAGCCUAUUCUCUUGAGAAGGCCGCAUGAGGCGGUGGGGAGCCGUUUCCAGCAGCAGCAACAGCAACAUCAGCAGCAACAGCAGCAGCAACAACAACAAAAUCAGCAGCAGCAGCAGGGAGUGGUGUUUCACGCAGACCGAGUCUCCAAGCAGGUUGGACCCAGUCAUUUCGAAACUGUUGGCUGCUGGGGGCCUCCGUGUCUUCCUCAAGGGUCCCCCCUAGUGCCUCACAAGCUUCUGGGCUCAAGGGGACAGCCUGCUGCUUGUCUGCUUAGGACAACUCCAAAUAAUCUGCAGCAGCAGCAGCAAAUCAUGCAAAAUGGAAUGGGGCAGCAGCCACUCUUCGGUGGCCUUCGUUCUCCUGUUGGAAUUUACAGCUGCCUCUCCUCUCCUGAAGUCAUGUGGAAGGGCGGAGACAGAGUGCUGCACCAGCAGCAGCUUCUGCAACAGCAGCAGCAGCUGCUGCAGCGACAACAACAGACACUUCAGCAGCACCAGGUGCUGCAGCAGCAGCAACAAAUGCUGAGAAGGCACCAAGCGUUGCAGCGUCAGCAGGUGCUGCAGCAGCAGGACGCCUCACUUCAGGCCCAGGCAGUAACCAAUGAAUUCCAGAUGCCCCUUAAGGAUGCGUCCUCAUCUCCAUCAGCUACAGGGACAGCAAAAGCUGAGCUGCAGCGACAGCAGCAGAGCCGCUCCUCUAAGCUCUUGUGUCGGUUAGAAAGCGAACGCUCAGAUCCCCGUUGGGCCCCGGAAGGCCCCGCCUGCGACGCAGAAGCACUGAGUGGGGAAACAGCAGCAGCAACAGCACAAGCUUCGGCUGCUGCUAGUUGUGCUGCAACACCUUCUGUCUCCGCUGCAGCCAAAAGACAGAAUCCCCAGAAUCUGUGGCAGGCGAAGGAGACAGAUAUUCGCUUUUUGUCCAGUGCCUGCAUGGGCCCGUCACCUCCAAGCCGGUCAUCCCAAGGGGGCCCUCCGAGGGCCCCAAGCGGCUUCGGGGCCCCCCCUAUGGGGGCCCCUCUACGAACCUCUUUUGGGGCUGCUGCUGGGGUCGGCUGGAGCCGCGCUUCUACUGGAUCGAGUCUGCUAAGGGGACGGCGGACUGUGGGGAGGAGCAGGGAGGAGUUUGGGGCAGAAGGAGACAGUGGAUGCCGUUACUUGUCUGUAACAGGUACCACAGCCGAAAAGGAGAUAGAGAGGAGACACAGUGGCUGCUUGAGGGGGGCCCCGCCUGGGGGGCAAGAGACCCUCGCAUGCAGCAUCAACAGCAGGGAUAUAUCCUUCGUCUCCACAGCCGCCAUGUCGACGCGCGACAGCAGCGACAGAGACGAGACAGCUGCACAGGAAGCUGCUCCCAUUGCCGUUGCUGCUGGCGCUGCUCUUGCUGCCCCCGCUGAUGCAGAACUGCAUGCAGAAACCACAGCGAAUGCUGUGGAGGUACAUUCGAAGACAGCGACAGAGACAGAGAGGAACGAAAAGGACGCUGUACUGCCACCCUUAAGGGACGUAGAGGUAGCUAAUAGUACUGAAGACCCUGAAGAAGAGACACUCGAGGGACAAUGUGCAUCAGAGGAGCAAACAGAGCCAGAGACACAAAAUGGGACAGAAGAGAGAUACGUGAAGGUGUUGGUCCCCAGAUACGUGCAGUGGAGAGAGAAGAAGCAGCAGCAGCAACGGCAGCACCUAUUACAAAGCGUUGCUGCUGAUGACGAAGAAUGUUUGUGGCCCCCUGCAGCAGCAGCAGAUGCAGAUCAUGGGGAUGGGACAGAGGAGGAUGAGGAAGGGGGAGAGGAGCUAGAAGAAGACUGUCUAUGGUCGGAAGACUUAGUAAUAGAUACCUCAGCAGACGGCCUCCUAAGAGACGUCGUUGUUAAUACAAAACAGUGCAGAGCAGAGAGACCCCUCAUCAACACAUGUGUAGAAAGACUUGGCUGGACCCGUGAUGACCAAACUACGAACAAAGGUAACAUUAUAUGGUUGGGGGGUUCUGUGCCGGAUUACGAUCAUCUUUUAUUUGUACGAUCUGCACAAAUAGUUAAUCGCUUUCCUGGUAUGUGGGAUAUGACGAAGAAAAGAAUGCUCUCUAAGGUUCUUCUUCUCUAUCAAGAUCUUUUCCCCCACCUUUACGACUUCUCACCUCCUUGCUGGUCCUUCCCAGAGGACAGAGCACGCAUAGAAGAGGUCCUGCAGAGCUCGAAGCCAGAGACCUUCAUCAUUAAGCCAGAUGGGGGGGCAAUGGGUAGUGGCGUGCAGCUAGUGUCUCGAUUAAAGGAUGUAGAUAGAGUCAUUUGGAGGGGAGAAGGCAGCUAUGUUAUGCAAAAAUAUAUCAGCCAUCCCCGCCUCCUCAAUAAACGCAAAUUCGACCUCCGUGUCUACGCCGCCGUCUUUGCUGUCGCGGGCACCCUAAAGGUAUUUGUAUCGCGAGUGGGGAUGGCUCGCUUCUGCACUGACGAGUACAAGGCGCCAACCAGACGCGUGGACGUGGACAAGGUAUGGAAGAGCAUAAAGGAAAUAACGGCAAAGACAUUUGUGUGCCUGCAGCCGUGGCUUGAGCUGCGCUACCGCCAUGUCUAUCAAGGGGAGCAGCAGCAGCAAGUCUCCCGCUGCUUCCAAUUCUUAGGGCUUGAUAUUCUCUUAGAUUCAGAUGACAAGUGUUGGCUCCUCGAGGUCAAUUCUAAUCCUUCCCUCCGCGUCGACUACUUUGACUGCCAGCACGAUGGCAUAGACUUGCAGCUAGAGAGUGCCACAGACAGAGCCAUUAAGGAACCCGUGCUUAGCGAGGCCCUCGCAAUAGCUAGCAAGCUGUUGCUCCCCCCAGAUAAGAAAAAGCAAAAACGGAACAAAACAGAAGACAACGCACAGCAGACAGCAACAGCAGCAACAGCAGCAGGAAAAGGCACUGCCAAACGGGGGACGGUUCUGCAGCCCUCUGCAUCACACAAGUCUGCUAAAGGGAAGCGCCGCGGUGUACCUGCAGCUGAGCAAAAAGCCAAAGACACUCUUCUCGUAAAUCCUAGCCGGGCGUACGUACCGUCCAGUGGCCUGCCGCCUCUACCCAUCAAAGACUUGCCAACAGGGGUGACCUCCAGGGGCCUCCAGCGCUCUGCCGUAGCAGCAGCUGUGCUGGGACCGGCAGGACCAUCUCCGCUGCGACGCUGCGCUUCCUUAGCGGAGACUCGCCGUUUGCCAGGAGACAAGAGGGGUCUCUGCAGGUCUUUAAGCACAGAGAAUGUAGCAGCUAAGUCAUCAGCAACAAGGGACAGUUCCCUUAACACAACGACCCCACCGCCUGCUGCAGGAGCUGCAGCAAAGGGCAGCGGGGCCAACAAGGCCCAACCCCCAUUAGGAAUGCCCAGAACUGCCUUAACAGCAGCCGCAGUAGCAGCAGCAGCUGCUGCUGCUGCAGCAGAGAACGGAACUUCCACAAAGGGCGCUGUGGGGUCUAGCAGAGCUAAUCGAACUGCUGCUCGUCGUCAAAAGGGCGCCCUUGAUGCAACCUCACAGAGAUCUGCUGCAGGGGACAGCUCCGACUCUGAAGGAGACCAAAGGGGCCCCCUAGCAGCAGACAAGCAGCUGAUGGAGGCCGCUUACCACGAGAUGGAGAAGUGUUUAGAGUGUUUUAAUGUGUUAGGUCUGCGUGUACAGCGCAGUACAUUCUUGUCUCCGAACCAGCAGCAAGGCAGCAGCAGCAGGGCUGCUGCCGCCGAGCAGCGGGAACGAGACGCAGCUAAAGACAAGAUGCAUGCAGUCGGGGGCCCCUACGACCACCGCAGCGCCUCCUUGCAGCGCCGUCAAGGGCCUUUUAGACCUUUCUUAAGGAAAGAUAAGCUGCUACCAAGGAAGGGAGCUACUCUUGUAAAAUCUACCUAUACAAAACUUCAUAAGGACAUCCUGCGGCCGUUCCCCGCUAAGCAGCUGCAGCCUCAGGGUUGCUGGUUAGACCUUCAUGAGGAGACAGUAGCAUUCGCUGCGGAGACAGAACUUUUUCGUAGAGUUCAAUUCCUAUUUGAAAGAUUAGUUGGAUUCCCUCAAAAAAUUUGGUUAGAGAGAAGCAGAUGGACAGAAGUCUGUGACCAAAUCAAAGUUGGAGACCUCUUACGAAGGGUGUACAUACCUGCUGCACCAUCUCCAUCCCGGAUCUCGCAGGGGCUGACGCCGCAGCCGCCCUUUACCUCCUUCCGUCCCUCUCCUCCCCCUCCUCUAAUAUCAGGACCAACAGCAGCAGGAGCCAGCGCUCCUAGGAAGCUGACAAGGUCUGUUUCUGUCUCUCGCAGCGCGAGUGCUACUUCGUUGUUGCUGAUGCAGGAGGCCCCUAGGGGGGCCACCUGUGCCAGUCGUCGUGCUGCUCUUUGUCUUGGCAAGAGUGGCAGCAGCAACAACAGCAAUCUCUGCUCAUUAGCAGGACUUGGCAGGAGGAGACGCAUGACAGUAUCUGAUCUAGAUUCUCUAUUCUUGCAGCAGCUGCAGCAAAUGAGGAGACAGACGCAGCUGCAAGACAGCCGCAGGGGCCUCGGUCUCCUUGAAUUCGCUCAGCUGUUGAGAGUGCUGGCGCUGCUGUUGUUCCCGUUUUUACCCCCCAAGGCAUCGCUACUUGCCGCGCUGCUCUCAGAAGCAAGUGCACUGCAGCAGCAGCAGCCGCAGCAAGUCGUCAUGAAAGUCGUGGGUGCGCUGGAGCAGGAGCAGCAACAGCUCCUCUCCCCACGGCAACAGCAGCAACAAAAACGUGCCCCUAACCAAACACAAGACACAACACAAAACAAAGCAGCAGCAGCAACAGAAGCAGCAGCGACGACUGAGAAUGUAGGUGGUGCUGCUCAAGAAGAGCGCCUCCGAAGCAGCAGCAGCAGCAGCAGUGCAGCUACCCAGGCUACCCCUUCAUACGACUUAGAAAAGCAGAGAUCGCAAGGUACUUCGGAAGGGGCUAGUGGAGUGUCUCCUCAGGAGAUGCAAACGCAACAGCAACAGCAGCAGCAGCAGCAGCAGCAGCAGCAGCAGCAGCAGCAGAGACAGAAUGACCAUCAGCCAGUUCUUUUGGGGGCCUCAGCCAGGCCCCUGACAGUAGCAGAGGAGACAGCUGCUGCUCUAUCAAGAAAGAUAGCAGAGGAAGCGGCACAGCUAGAGGUGCUGCAGGAGAAUAAGAGACACUUGGAGAGGCACCUGCAGCAGCUGCGGGACAUGAGGCAACAACAAGCCUCGCGGGAGGCCUCUCUGGUGCAGCAGCGAGACGCCGCCGCCACAGCAGCAGCAGCAGCUACCAGUAAUGCAACAGACAAGGAACAGCAGACAGUCCUCAGCAUCGCCCGCGCAGAGGAAAUCUUCGGGCAGACCUAUGAAGGCACAGGCGGUGCGCCGAAUCGAGCAGCAACAGCAACAGCAGCAGCAGCUGCUGCUGCUGCAGAGCUCUCAGGCCUCAAUAAAGAAAUAAACGCAUGCGAUACCCGCACACAAAGCGCAGCUGAGGAACUAACAAAGACACUGCAGCUCUACGAGGCUGUUGCCAACAGACACCGACAACAUACAGAGGAACUCACUCGCAUUCGCAUGCAGCAGCAAUGGCAGCAUAUGCAGCAACAACAGGAGCAAAUGAAGCAGCAGCAAAUGCAGCAGCAAAUGCACCAGCAAGCGCAGCACCAGCAAGCGCAGCACCAGCAAGUGCAGCAGCAGCAUCCAAGACAGCCCGAAGGCAACGUUGUUGAGGAUUCAUCGCAGACUUCUCAGAGGGAGCAGCGCUGCAAGGAGCAGGAGAAGAGCUCUGCAGCAGCAACAGCAGCAGUGCCUGCAUCUGCUGCAGCAGACCUUCCCAGUCGCGGUGCCGGAUAUGUACAGGGUGGGAUCGACUCUGCUGUAGACGAUCCCAAGUGUGUGGGAGAGACAGGAGAUAAGAAGGAAAGUCCAGCUGCUACUGCUGCAGCAGCAGCAGCUGCUGCAGCUGCUGCUACAUCUACAAAGUAUCAAGGAGCAACAGAGAGAACAGCUGCAUGGCAUGAAUCUUUUUGUUCUGCUUGGCCAGAUAUAAAUUCAAAAGUAUUUGAAUCUGUACCUAAAGAAGUCUUAAAAGAAAGUUUACAACUUCUCGUCGACUUGUUCGAAAUUCGUCUCGAUUUAUAUCAUUCAAGUACACAAUUCACCCAACCUCUUAAUAAACACCCCAUCUAA